AGACAUCCCAGGAAAGCAAGACAGAACAACAACAUCAGAUUCUGGAAACAGAAUUAAAACAAUGACAAGAACGUCAAGUUAUUCAUAAGCAAUCACUGACUUGACUUUCAACCUUCGCCAAUGACUGACUGGUACACUAGCUUAUAAAGUACAUGUUGUACUUUUCAACAGACCUCCAAAGAAGUGGAUCUCACAAAUUCGUGAGGACACCGGCCUUCCUAUAGCAACAGCCGAACGCCGAGCAUCUCAGCGUGAGGGCAUUCGAGGUUGUCUACAACAGGGGAGCGCAAGGGUCCCAUGGGACUGAGCAUUUAAGUCAAACGUCAAAGUGGCACAGUCAGAGACAAAUGGAUAAAUACAUUACCGUGGAACAACUUUUCGAAGCAAAGAAAAAGUACGUGCCAACUGCUGCUGAUCAUGCUGUAUGGGAAUAUAGAGGUAUUCAUUUGCCUAGUAAUGUCUACGAGAGUGCCAUGCAAGAGUUACACGGGUGGGCGGCAAGAACUGCAGACAUCUUCAUCGUCACAUAUCCAAAAGCUGGAACAACUUGGGCGUCUGAGAUAGUGUCAUGUUUGAUUAACGAUGGCAACAUGGACGUCGUAAACAGCAGACACAUCACAUCACGUGUGCCAUUCCUAGAAUUGAUCGUCCAUGGAACGCCAGAAUUUGUACCACCCAAUUACAAGAUCUUAGAGGACGUUGCUUCUCCCCGCAUCGUCAAGUCACAUCUCCCAGGUCAACUCCUCCCACCAGACGUGUGGAAGAAGAAAGCCAAGGUUGUCUACGUGCUUCGUAACCCCAAAGAUCUCGCAGUUUCUUUGUUUUACUUCGGUAAAGCUUGGCAAGAAAUGGGAUUCAGCAAUUUCCUCGAGAGAUUUAAAUCUGGAGAAGUUGACUAUGGUCCUUGGUGGGAACACUAUUUGUAUUUCUGGACCAGAAGACAUGAAGACAACGUAUGCAUUAUGAAAUAUGAGGACAUGCAAAGAGAUCUUAAAGGCGUCGUGACUACGAUUGGGAAGUUCCUAGGUAAGGAGUUGAGUAACCAGACCAUAGAUGCCAUUGUGGAACACUGCUCAUUCAACAGCAUGAAAAGUAACCCCAUGGCAAAUAUGGAUACAGUCAGACCCAAUCAACCACACCAGUUCAUGAGAAAAGUUACUGAGGCCACUGGACCUAACUGCUUGUACGGGCCGCCUCCUCAUAUCCCCGGCUCUGAUGUGGAGGCGUGUGGUGACACAGAUAACCGAAGAAUGGCUCAGGAAUUUGACUCACGUUUCCCGCUCUAUCUGAUUGUCUCAGAAGACGAUAUAUACCGCGAUAUGACGCUCACGAAAAGAAGCCAGUCGCUUCUCUUCACGCAAUGGGCUACCCACUUACAACCAGAGCAAGAGCAUCAGUCGAAAGUCGGGCAACACACUCCUAGUCCUAGUCACAGGCAAAAGGCCCCAGUGCAACGACCCGGUCGCACGCGCGCUGCAUCACCAUCCCACGGACUGCAUGGAGAUGAAACCUCCCGGAUUGGGGUAAAUGUAGGGCUCCCACUGCCAACUAGCCCGCCCCCACCGAACAAUCAAGUAAACACGCCCACCAUUCCGUUCCCUGGGCAUGUUAACUUCAUUGUCACGGUCGGUAGCACGCCCUCUACAUCACAAAGAAAUCGGAGAGCAAAAAGGAGGAAAGAGAAAACAUACCUUCAAUGAGCUGCGAUUUAAAAUGUGACUUACAAUUUGACUAUGUAUUUCAAUAUAAAACAUAAUUAAAAGAAAAUGAAAAUAUGUACAAUUGUAUAAUUACUAUGUAGGCCUAUGUAUUUGUACUCAUUUUGUUUAACAUUUUUAUGAGGGUCUUUUCAAGUAAACAUUUAAUUUUAAUAAAAAAAGAAAGAUUAUUUCUUCAGCUGGGUAAAUAUUUAAGCAUUGUUAAGUAUCGUCCAGCUCUUUAAUAUAAUAUUCCUCCAUGCGUUUUGUCAUGGUUGAUUUCAAAUGUAACUAAAUUGUCAACGUUUACGCGCAGGGAAUUAAAUGUACGCAAUGAGUAUACUGACGAACCUUUAACCAUUGGGGAAAAAAAGAUUAAAAUAAAUGUUAUUAAUUUUGUAAGUGGAAAUUAAAAGCAUAACGUUGACGCCAACAACA